AUCAUUUUUUCUGACGAGUGCACGGAGGCCGAGGGGCGUCACUGGCACAUGAAGCACUUUGCCUGUUUCGAGUGUGAGACGGUGCUCGGCGGUCAGCGAUACAUCAUGAAAGAUGGCCGCCCCUACUGCUGCGGCUGCUUUGAGUCUCUGUACGCGGAGUACUGUGAAGCCUGCGGGGAGAAUAUAGGAGUGGACCACGCCCAAAUGACCUACGAGGGUGUCCACUGGCACGCUACAGACACGUGUUUCUGCUGUGCCCAGUGUAAGAGCUCCCUGCUGGGCUGUCCCUUCCUGCCCAAGCAGGGCCGUAUCUACUGCUCCAAGGCCUGCAGCCUGGGAGAGGACGUCUACGCCUCAGACUCCUCCGACUCGGUCUUCCAGUCCGCCGGCUCUCGGGAAUCCCGCCAGAGCCACAUGGGCAAGAGUAGCCAUCCGGUGGCUGAACAGUGGAGGCAGUCCCAGCUCUUCAACCCGGUUGCAGUGGCUGACUAUAACAAGACUCCUAGUCUAUAUGGAGAUAGAUAUAGAGGGGACAGAGAUAUGGAUAUUGUGGGGCAAAAGCUGUCCCACAUGGGCAUCACUGAGGAGCACACCUGGAGGGACCGAGAGGACGCUCCGGAGGAUCCAGAGGAGUGGGCCGAACACGAGGACUACAUGACCCAGCUCCUGCUCAAGUUCGGGGACCGCGCCGGGGUGUUCCAGACGCAGCCUUCAGAGGAACCCAGCACCAGUAGGUCAGCCGAACCCUGGCUGAAGCCUGAGACUAAACCAGCCUCCAUCUCCACCACCACCACCAGUCCCACGAACCAGAGCCACCGUCACCUGCCUGAGAUGUACUGGGCCCAGUCCCAGGAUGGGCUGGUCAGUAAGAAGCACCUGCCUGAGAUGUACUGGGCCCAGUCCCAAGACGGGCUUGGGGAUUCGGCUUACGGAAGCCAUCCGGGCCCUGCUAGUGCCAGAAAGAUCCAUGAUCUGGAUCUGGACCAGGGGCUGAUGGACCAGAGGGUUAGCGCUGGGGGAGCAGGGUUAUGGAUGCUGGACCCCAGGCAGUGGUGUGAAGACUCUCUAGYGUGCAUCACAGACGAGCUGAGGAAGACUGAGCACAGUGUCGGAGACUCCAUGGACUCUCUAGCCCUCUCUAACAUCACUGGUGCGUCAGCGGAUGGAGACAGUAAGGAGGGUCAGAUCCUCUACUCCCUCCACAACCUGCUGGACCCAGAAGACUGUGAGAAGAUGAGCAUCAUGGGCACCCUCAACUCCUCCAUGCUCCACCGCAGCGCCAACUCUCUGGAUCACCAGGAGGGGGCAGCAGACCAGGAGGAAGAGGAGGUGCGGAGGGGGGCGCAGAGGGUACAGGGGCCGAUGUCUUUGCCCCUCCCACCCGURCCUCCUAAACAGGAGGUGCCACCACCUCACCUUCAGCUGCCAGUGUUGAGGAGGAGCAGGUCCCAGUCCACACGGACACCUGGCCAGCAGAUGGUCAAGUUCUCUGAGGACACGGUGGAUAACGGGUCUUACCAGAACCUGGCGGUGCGUCAGCCUCCUCAAAGUGAGAGGACGCGUCGGAGGGUGUACCACCACGAGGACCCCGAAAGGCCACGCCGGCACCACCACCUGGCCGCCACCACAACCCAGAGCCGCUCGGACAACGCUCUUAACCUCCUGCCUAAGGAACGGGUGCAGAGGCCUACGAGGGAAUGGUCUGAGUUCCCUUCAGGAACACCAUGCGGCCCUCUUCAACCAACCUGGCCCUGGUGCUCACAGGCCGCCACCCUAUCCCACACCACUUCGGACUACUCCCUCCAGGCUCGGGGUGACCGGGAUCGCGACCGCUUCCUAGGUGGCCUGUACGCUGACGAGGAAGCAUGGUGCUCCACCUGCUCCUCUUCUUCCUCAGACUCUGAGGAGGAAGGUUACUUCCUGGGGCAGCUCAUUCCCCAGCCCAGGGUUCCUAGCAGGUAUCAAUACUACACCGAGGACUUCCCAACACGCGUUACGCCAUGUCGCCCAACGACUCACGGACUAAAUCCAGAAAGAAGGGUCACAGAGGCAAGAACUGCAUCAUUUCAUAAUCUAGAUGUACAUUCUCUGUUUUACUUCCAGCACUAAUCAUUUGUGGACAGGUGAGACCGUUCUUUGUAGUUUGACUUGCUGGACAAAGCAUUGUCCAUAUUAUUGGACUUCUUAUUAUGGGUCAUGUCUAACACUCAAACCAUGCCAGGAACCUAAAAAAAAAAAGACAUUUUCUCUUUUCUUUUUAUAAAAUUCACCAAAAACACAUUUUUUUUUUUACAACAUUGUAUGAUGAACCAUUGAAAGUAUUCCAGCAAUACCAUUGUGUGCAUUAAAUGGCAAUUAAUGCAAUUGUUAAUGCUGACAGGGAGAGGAAUAGUUAGUAAAGUAGACUUCUAGAGACUACACAACAUAAUUAUUUAAUAGUACAAAAUAUGAAUGUAUAUAUUAAGUUAAAUUUAAUACGGUAUUUUUAUAUCCCCGAUUUUAACUAAGAUUUUUCUGGUUUUGAUGUAAACAAAGUUGGCGUAGGGAGGCGGACAGCUGUUGUCGUAGUAACAAGCAGAUCUAUUUUGCACGCAUCACUUGUCAAUCAAUCAAUCAAGGCUUUACAAAAAACAAAACAACUGUUGCCAGGAUACAAACCAUCUGCUACUCAAAUCAAAGUGCCAUAAUAUCUGGUUUCUGGUAACAAUUUACAGUUUCUGGUAGGCUAACAAUUAACAUGAAGUUGCUCUUAAACCUCUCAACAUCAAUGUAAAGUGAUACCUGAGUCCUUCCUGUAUUCCAAUGUUAUUUCUCUAACACGCUUGUCCCUCAGGGUGUGAAAUACAAUGUAAAACCAUCCUGUCGAGAUUCAUUUACAUUACAGAGGUCUUCUCCAUACAUGCCCUUUAUACAGCGCAGGUUAUUAUACCAUAAUACUUAACUGUUGUGAUAUAAAAAAAGGUUUAAUAAAUAUUCUUAC